CGUGCGUCCAUCUGCAACUUGUUGAAUCAGCCAUAAAAUACUCACAUUAUAUUGAUUUUUCAUGGAAAUGAGAAUGCGCAAUAGUGAAGCCCUAAUCCGGCAGUUCGCAAUAUGGUCUGAAACUCGGUAGGGAUAGUUAUCUUUAAAAAUGGAAGAUUUGUUAUUGAGUAUUGUUAAAGAAGCCGGUAAUUGCAAAUUGACGAACUUAAAACAACGAGCACAAGAAGCGCAUGAUCUACUUGCAGCACAAAAUAAUUUGAUGCGAAAUCCUUCAUAUGAGCUAAGAUCAGUUUGUUUCCUACCAUUGAAAUUAUCUUUGGAAAGUAAGAAGAGUAAAUUGGUGACGUUAUCCGUGUCUGGAUUUAACAAAAUAAUAAGAGAUGAAAGAUUCCAAUGCGGGACAGAACCAGAGGAUGAUUCGUUAUGGUUACCAGCUCAGUUGCUUUUAGCUACAUCUUCUCUACUCUCUCAAUGUGAAGACACGCAAGUUCAUAUAUUGAGAGUAGUUUUGAACUUAGCGUGUUCAGCUAGUUGGGCUUUAAAUGGAAGAUUGGUUAUGCUUAUGAUAGGAAGAUGCGGAGACGCAUAUGAGGCUGGUACACAACCAAUUAGAGCUGCUGCUCAAGCGGCGGCUAGUCAAACGUUAACAGCUUUUUGUACUUUUUUAGAUGAAGAGUGUCAAGAAAUCCUUCAGCAACAACAGAAACACAAAAAUUCGGGUAGUAGCGCCGAAAUGGUAUACACGAAAACUUCAGCAGUUGCUUGUUUCAACGAAGCUAUUCCCGUAAUGCAGUACAUAUGCAGCAAAUUGGAGGAAUCAAAACAAUUGACCAAAUCAAAUGAGCUGACCGUAUACCUACUGGAAUGUUUACUUACAUUUGUCAGCACCUUACCUCACACAGUACAUUCCAAUAUUCAUUUCACAACAUUCCUUUGGCAGCGGUUCUGUCCAGCGCUAUUGGCAUUUUUGGGAACACCUGGACACCCUACAGGACACCCACUUACAACAAGUCAAACCAAAAUAGUUUAUAGCACCGGAAUUCAAGUAGUCAGACUAGUCGGACGAGAAAGAGCACUAAGACCCGUUUUAGAGGCGUUAUUUCACAGAAUGCUUCUCCUUCCGAGUCCUCCAAAAAGAUUAGAACCAUUAAGGGCUGCUAAAGAAUUACUUCGAUCGCCAGGACGAUUAGCAGAUUUAUUGUUGCUCAGUGGACCAAUACACCGACAUGCUGGUGAUGAUAUGGCAAUUAUAAGACUGAUUAUGGACUCAAUAGAGGAAUCUUCCACGUGCAGUGAUACUAGUGUCUUACUUGCAAGUGUAGAGUGCGUAGGAGCUCUUUUAGGGUCACUGGAAGCCUUAUGUAGAGGAGAGGGAUUGAACCAAGAGGCAGCAGACAUUACUAAUAAUAGAUAUGUAACCUUAGAACAAUCCGAUUAUUCUGGACCACUCACUUAUGAGUCGUUAGCUAGGCUACCAAAACCAUACAGGGAUGUAGUUGCAAACUUGAAAUAUCAGAGUGAUUCUGAUAGCAGUGGUAUCGAAGGAAAUAUUCCUGAAAAUGAGGGUGGUACAGAAUCUGAUUGUUCUGGAGCCACCGAGGGACCAGAAGAUGCUAUCCUUUCAGACGACAGUAUUAUGGACGAUGAGAGUUUUUUGACUAAUCAACAAUUACAAAAAUUGUAUAAAUUGCCAAAAUCAUUAAAUCUGGGCCGAAGUGGUGUGGAUGAAUGUAACACAGACAUGGAAAGGCAUAAUGCUCGACAUUUUAUUAAAACGCUACAACAAUCACUUUUACCCAAUUUGUUGACACUGAGAUCAUCAAUUCAAGUAGACGAAGUGCUUCAAGAGUUUGCUUCCAAAUGUUGCCAACAUAAUUCUGCACAAAAUUACGAGAUAUCGACAAUAAUGAAUGCGGACGGAAUAUAUUUAGCCACGUAUUCUGCUCUAUUACUGGAUUUAAAACUUGUUCAAUCAGGACAAUAUGAGGAUAAAAGUAUUCCUGUGCCAAUAACUGAAGCUCAGUUUGUUGAAGAGAUACAUGGUAGUGGCGUCCUCGUUUACGUAUCGGCCACCUGGUUGUGUGAAGUAUACCAGAACGUACUUUCAAAAUCAUUAUUGAUAUCUGCCGGAUAUGAUCCUAAAAGCUCACAUCAACCAUCUCUAAUAAGCUUAUUGACUGAUAUUGGUGGACUAUCUGUGUCACAACUUCUAUCAGAUUGGCAAAAACUACAAAGAUUACAUAUAUCAACAGAUACAAGUCCAGAAAUUGAAGCCGGUAUAAAACUUUCCAGGCGAGUUCUUACAUGUUGUUGGGCUUCUGUUAUAUCAGUGUUAGGCUUACCUUUAUCUGAAACAACAUGUCCUAAUGGUACAUCAGCUUUGAGUAGAUUGGUUGCUAGAAGAGCACGUCAAAAAUAUAAACAAAAAAUGAGAGAUGAUGUAAUUACCACUUGUUUGGAGGGAUUACAUAAAGCUGCAAGUCUUAGUAAUACCCUAAAACUGCAAAGUAGAAGUAGUAGUAUAUUAUCUUUGUUGUCGGCUUCCUCUUGUAAGAAUCAAGGAACAAAACUACUAGCAUCGCAUGCGCUUUCACUUGAUGUUUUGCUAUCCAAAGGUCUCGAAUUAGGCAGUCAUAGUUCUGCCUGUUGGCCGCAUGUUUUCAGCGCAUGUGUUGCAGUGGCGACGCUCGAGCAUUCUUUAUUCAGUAAAACUGGCUCGACACAACUGUUAAUGGUGGCACAAAAUCCUCAAAAUAAUAUUGUUACUUCCACGACACGUUCCGAUUCCAAUGAGAAACUUCAUAUGGCAUUCAACAUUACUGGUGAUGAAGAAACCUACAACUGUUGGUUUUGGAGUCUUGACUCAGCGAAUAAAGUAGCAAGUAACGUAAAGGUUGAAACCAUUAACAAACCAAAAGUUGACAUCUACAGCUUUCUCCAUAACACCAGUCAUAUGACAAAUGAUAUCAACGACACAAGCAUUGCUGAAAUUGUUGAAAAGAGCGGUGCCAACAAUACUCAAGGUCAAAGAAUUUUAAGUGGCGUUUAUGCGGCAAAAGUAUGUUGUGUUUUGUCACAAAAAUCCGAUGAACUCUUCCACGCAGCAGCUUUAAGAUUGUCUUUGCCAGGAUUGUGUAGUUUCCUUACAGAGUUAUGUAAGGCAUCACAUACGCAGUUAUUUACUAAAUACGAAGAAUCCCCACGUCAAGAGAAAAAAUGGUGGAAGAAAGAAUUAGAAAUUCAACAAAAACCACCAGCCACUUUACUCUUACAUCGAAUAGGAGAAGUUACACUGAAAUCUGUUAAAUCUGGUCGACCCCUGAUACACAUUAUGAAAUUGUGGUCGAUAGUUGGGCCACAUUUAAUGCAAGCCGCCUGCCACAAAGACAGGACAAUUUCUAAAAAAGCCGUUACGUGUAUUCACGAUGCAGUUACAGCUUUAUUGAACGAACAAGCUGAACUACCCCAUUUCCAUUUCAACGAAGCUCUCAUAAAACCAUUCGAAAAUUUACUCUGUCUCGAAUUAUGUGAUACAGAUGUUCAGGUGGUGAUAGUCAACGCUGCGGAUCAAAUUGUUGCCUGUCUCUGCGAAUUCGUAGAGGCCAAUCGAACAGAAAUCUGUUCAGGAUGGAGACCACUUUUUGGCACUCUUAGAGUAGCCAAUACAAGAAAUAAUGCCGCUUCAAUUUUGGACGUAUUCAAGAUAUUCCUUUCAACUGAUAAUACCCUAGUUUUCGCAAAUGCUGCUUUAGAUUAUAUAUUGUGUCUUCUUUCCCAUAUCAAGAACUCUAAUGUGGAUGAUCUUCCAUUGGAACCAGUACAAGUUAAUCAAUAUAAUGAGAAAAAAUCCUUGUUUCUUGAUAAGGAAGCCGAAUUUCCAUCAAAAUUGCUUCUUGGUCCUGUGGAUUUAUGUAUAGAAUCUUUGAAGCUACUACAAAGCUGUGCUUCAAUUCUUUCAGCUAUUCAUAAUAUGCCUAAAUGUCCAACAUUCAAUCUUACACAUAGGAUGAACAUUGAUACACAUCCUCAAUUGGUAGAUUCUGUUGUACAAAACUCCGAUAUCAAUUAUUUCAACCAGAUUAAUAUGAAUCAUAUCAGUUAUGAAAGUUUGUCUACUCAGUCAGAUUUUGACAAUUGUGAAAAACAAAAAAUAACUUUAGCAUAUUUAGAUAAACAAAGUAAUAUUCUAAAAAUUUAUUACAUUCUCUUGGAAGGCCUUGCAUCCGCUUCCACUUUGGCAGCUACAAAAAACCAACCUUACAUAGUAGAAACAUUAUUCAAACUAAUAAGAGAUUUGAUAGAGAAUCCAGGGAUAAACUUUGGAUUCUACUGUAUUAAUCAUAUUCUACUUCCGAUGGUUCAGAAUUGGUUAAGACAAAAUGUUAAAGUACAGAAACCUGGUGAAGUUUGGCAAAGUUUUAAACAUUGCUGUGGAUUAGCUAGUGAACUAGUAGUAGAUUAUUUAUAUGAAUUACAAAAAAACGAUGAUAAUUUAGAAAACGAUCAUCCUGGAGCUAUCUUAGCAUUGAAACAACUACUUCUUAUACUUAUCGAUUGUAUAUCUCAGCCGUCUGAAAACAUAGCUCGUUUAGGAUCAUCCUGUAUUAGACACGUAAUCCUUAGUGCCGGAAAAAUUCUGACGGUCUAUCAAUGGGAGAUACUAGUAUUAGCAUUACAUAGAGCUUGCACCGUGAGUUUGAAUCCACUUUAUCAACUCAGUUUAGUUUUUAAAGAGCAUUCCGAUAGUUUCUAUGGAGAUUUAGCUACAGUUAAAGUCGCUGCUAGAAAAGACACUAGCGUUUCAGAAAACGAACGAUUGUAUGAACUAGCUCAACAAGUCUUCCUUAUGCAAUCUCAAAGGUAUUGCUCUAAAUGCCAAACGAAAUCCUGUGAAUGUGAAGUUACUAAAGGAGUAAUUAUCGACGAUAGAAGUUAUGUAUUUUUGUUGUAUCCAUACGAUUCCAGUACAAUUCUCAAUCCGGAUCUAUAUACUAUUAGAGUUCCAUUUAAAAACAUAGUUGUCGGGAUUUUAGCACACCAGAUGUUGAUACAAACAGUAUCGAGUGCUUUAUUACAAAAUCUCAAUCAUAUAACUCCAAUUUUAAAUAUUUUACAAAUAAGCUCUUGCAGUUUACGAGGAAUAUUAACUAAAGUCAAUGCUAAACACAUCGACGUGCUAUUGAAAUGUUUAGAAAUAUCAAAUAUUAGAGCUAAAGAAUUUGAUGUAAGACCUGGGUUGAAGUUUCUUAUACAAAAAGUUGGAAAUUUGAAUAAAGCUGCCAAUUUGUAUACACAAGCAAACACGUCUGAAGUAGUACAAAUUAUAGUAUUGAUAGAAUUAUGCCUCGAUGGUAUAGGAAAAUACAGCAUCGAUCCUAGAAAUCUUAAAGAUAUUCUUGCACGUGAAGCGAAAACAAUAUGUUUAAGUGAUUUAGAUUACGUAGAAAAUUUUCUGAAAAAACUUUACUCUAAAUGGAAUAAAUUGUGUGAUUCUUAUGUCAAUCUAACAUUAGUUAUUCCUGAAGUAAGUGAAGAAAGCGACGAGGACACAAUAGAAGAACCUGUUUACCCUAAGCCGUUCAAAUUGUCAGACUUUAAACAAGAAGAAACUGAUAAUGUUAGUAUUAGCACCGACACUGAUAGUUAUCUGGAAAAAGAUAUAUUACCAGAUUUGAAAAACGAAGACAAUAUUAUUGAUAGCAAUGAAAAUAAAGACACACAACUACAAAAGAACCACAGUUCGAAUGAAAGUUUAGUGCAAAAGAAAAAUAAUGGAAAUAAUUCAGAAAAUAACAAUUCCACUGAUGAUGAAACUAACGAAAUGGCAGCAAAAUCUAACACAAAACAAAUAUACGAGAAAUGUAAAAUAGACUUGAACGUGAUAAAAUACGAUAAGAAUACUUUGUUACAAAUGAGAAAAUCAACUUUAUCCAACGAUAGACUAAAUUCCAUUAUAUAUGAUAAACCUAAUGAGCCUUCUAAAUUGAAAGCAUCCCAAUCUUGGGUUAAAGAUGAACCGAAGAGAACAGACAGCAAGCUAGUUCCACAUACUGCUGUAAGCUCGAGAUCGAAUCCAUUCAUAUCCAAUAGUUUCCCACCGUCACAACCAGUUCCCACUGAAAUUCAGCAGCAACGAAUGAUGAGUAUAUUCAAGGAUUCGGAAACAUUCAAAACAACGAGGAUUGAAACCAUGGAAGCUUGUUUGGAAUUGUUAACUAGUUUGUCGGCAGAAAAAUUAUCUCCGCUGGCGACUAUUUUGAAACAAGGUGCCGUAUCAUUAGUUGGAGCACAAGAUGAGAAGAUCAAGAAAUCCGCUGAAAUAUUGUUACAAAGAAUGAACAUUUCUUAUAUCGACCAUGAUAAUUAUUAAAUAUAUAAAUGUGAUAUAAUAAUUAUUUAUUUUGAAUCCAAUAAUAGAUAAAAUGUAACUAAAUAUUUCCUCCAUAAAUAAAUAUAGGUCUAAAAUAAAA